CAUGUGGCGCAAGCAGACGGCUUUUUAUUUACAGUUUCCGAAAAUGUGCAUGUUUGCCUUAACCCAAGCUCAAGUUGUUCAGUUUUUUGCCAUCAAAAGUAUGCGACAACAAUCUAUCAUCUAAUCUGUGAUAACCUUUUGUUUUGCGGAAUUUUGUUUUGACAUAAUCCAGUGAUAUUUUUCUUGCACUGACACAUUGUUUUGAGCUAUGUCCAUGGUAAAGAUGGGUGUCAGCCCUUCACAUUGGAAGAAAUUUAGCUGUCUCUACUCCUUGAACAGAACUCUAGUAAUGCACGAUUUUCGGUAUUUGAGUACUUUAAAAGAAGAUGUAGGCACGAAGAAAACCACAACUGAUGAUCGAGUUGAAAAACCUCUGAAAGAAAGAAUAUUCAAUACGGUUCUGUUUGAGCACGAUCCAGAAGUUUCAUUCGUAAAACGAAAGUUUCUUGAGAAAAAAAUGAAAACUAUACAAACUGCUGACAUGAUGACCAAAAGCACAACAUCUGCACGACCUCUCACCUUGAAGCUUCUUCAUGAAUGUGCUGAGCCUGCCAUCAAUGAAAACAAUGAAGUGAUUGAAACUGAGGACCAACCCCCUACUUAUCCAUAUGCAGAAAGAAUAGUUGGAAACAAUCAUCCAGAUAAAAAAAUAAAGGAUGCUAACUUCACCCAUCGUAAUAAAAUGUUGGCUAAGUUUGCAGAGAGACGAAAAGGAAUGAAAAAAUGGAUGAGUGACUAUGAUCUGUUUACUGAAGAUUCACAAGAUUAUAAUUCAGUGUCUUCAGAUAUAAAUUAUGGAUCAUCAGAUCCAAAGGAACCUGUCAGUAAUGUGCCCUGUGGAGGAUGUGGAGCUCUAUUACAUUGCCAGGACUAUUCAAUUCCAGGAUAUUUGCCAAAAGAGCUGUUUGCUAAACGAAGUAUAAAAGAAUUGAAGUCAUUAAUAUGCCAACGAUGCCAUUUCUUGAAAGAAUUUAAUGUUGCUCUUGAUGUUAGUGUUUCACCAGAGGAGUAUCCGAAAAUUCUUUCUUGCAUACAAGAUAAACGAGCCCUAGCAAUACUUAUGGUGGACAUGUUAGAUUUUCCUUGUAGCAUUUGGCCUGGAAUCAUAGACAUCAUUGGUAAUAAACGUCCUGUAAUAAUUGUUGGAAACAAAAUCGACUUGAUUCCUGGUGAUCAAAAGGGAUACCUUGACCACUGGAGAGAAACUUUAUUGACUUAUGUGUAUAAAAUGGGCUUUGAUAAAUCAAAUAUCAAGCAUGUUGCCCUUGUAAGUGCUCACACAGGUUUUGGUGUAGAAGAUCUCAUCACUCAGCUUCAUGAACUCUGGGAAUACAAAAGUGAUGUCUUCUUGAUUGGUUGCACUAAUGUUGGAAAGUCUACUUUAUUCAACAGACUGUUGCAGUCAGACUUUUGCAAAACCCAAGCUAUUAAUCUUGUGCAAAGAGCAACCACUUCAAUUUGGCCUGGCACAACACUCAAUUUACUUAAGUUUCCAGUCCUGCGACCAGAAGGAUGGAGAUUAACUAUGCGUAAAAAACGAUUACUAUCAGAAAAAUACAAAAUUGAGAAGGAAAAGCAAUUACAGAGGGAACAGUUCAAAAGACAAAGAAUGUACCAUAUGCCAUCUCUUAUGCAGUAUGUGGGUAAUACAUUUACACACAAAAUCGAUGAACAGUCAGAUAUUUAUUCUAUAGGACAUGAAGAAGAGGCUCUGAUUGGUAUUGAUGAGAAUGAUUAUGAAUUUGCAAAAGGUCGUUGGUGCUAUGAUACGCCUGGAGUAAUGCAUCCAGAUCAGAUAUUAAAUAUUCUUACCACUGAGGAACUGGUCAAAGUCAUCCCUAAAGCUGCUAUUCUUCCAAGAUUUUUUAUCUUAAAACCAGGGAGGAGCCUAUUUCUUGCAGGCUUGGGUCGGAUUGAUUUAUUAAGUGCAUCAUUUAAUAAUUCUGUCAGGAUUGCAGUUUUUUCCUCUAUUCAUCUACCUGUCUCCAUCGUACAAACUGAAGAAGCUGAAGAUGUGUACAAACAGCUACUGGGGUCAGAGCUACUGGCAGUCCCGUGUGGUGGGCCACAAAGACUUGCAGACUGGCCUGGUCUUCAGGCCAAAGAAGAACCUAUUGAAGUGAAAGGCCUUGGCUGGAAGGAAUGCUGUGCUGAUAUUAUUCUUUCCUCGGCAGGUUGGGUUUCUGUAAGUGGUUGUGACGAUAUGUCCUUCCGCGUGUGGACUCCAUUUGCUAGAGGCAUUCAUUUGAGGCAGCCAGCCUUACUUCCUCACUCAGUCAAUUUUAGAGGUGCGAGAAUAUCUCAUACACCCACCUACAAACCAGGGAGAGCGGCAGGAAAGUAUGAGAAACGCAGAAAAUAUUAAAAAAUUGCUUUAAUAUUUAAUAUUGCUCUUGAACAAGAUUUCAAUCUUUUUCUUUUAUGUUCUGUUUCAUUUACGUAACUGGUAUACUUUUCAAAAAAU